UGGACCCGGGCGGGCGGCCCCCGGCUGCAGGGUGAGCCACUCUCUGUACUGGACACAGACGCCGCUUCCUCCUGCUCCCCGGAUCCCCCAAAGUGUGAGGGGGCUGCUAGCCGCUGGGACCCGCUGCUCCGGAAGUGCGAGCCCCUGCUGCAGGGGUGUCUGCUCAGCCACCGCCGACGGCUGGAGGUGAACGCCUUAAGGCUGAAGCUUCAGAAACUCCUGGAGAAAGCCGUUGAGGAGGAUGAUUAUGAUAAGGCGGAGACGUUCAAGCACAGAUUGGACGACCUGGAGGAGGAAGAGGAGGAGGAGAGCGGCCUGCGCUUCCAGCUCCCCUCGAGGCAGCCGGCCCUCUGCAGCCUCCUGGUCCACCUGGGAGCCCAGGCCGAGGCCGCCCUGUGCCGGGCCGCUCAGCAGGCGGGCAGUGAGGACACCCAGGCCCCCCUCCCCAUGGAGCCCCCCGCUGACGACCCCCCGUGCGUGUCCAUCACCAGACGAGACCGGCUUCUUCACGAAAAGCAGCAGCUGCAGGAGGAGAUGGAAGCCCUGCAGGCCCGGAUGUCUGCGCUGGCAGCGAAGGACCAGCAGCUGAGAAGGGAGAUGGAGCUGCAGCAGCAGCUCCUCCGGUGGCGGGACUGUGACCUGCGGCCCCUGCUGGACGGGCUGGCCCCGGGCGAGCUGCAGGAGGUCCACCAGGCGGCGAGGGACACCCUGGCGCUGGCCGGUCAGAGCCCCCUCCCUGCAGGACCUCCCGAAGCCGUAAGGAGCCUCCAGGAAAGGCUGAAACCCCUCCACUGGUCCCUGGGAGAAAUCGCUGCGAAGGUGUGCAGGACCCAGAGGCUGUGCGGCUCCCUGCGGAGGAGCCUUCACGAGAUCGAGACCCAGCUUCCGGUGUUGCUGGAGGCCAAAAUGCUCGCCGUGUCAGGAAACCAUUUCUCCACGGCCAAGGAGCUCGCAGAGGAGAUCGGCGCGCUGACCUUGGAGAGGGACGGGCUGGAGGGCCUCCUGGCCCGGCUGGCGGGGCUGAGCGCCAGGAACGUCGCCGCGCUGGGGGGUGUGAAGGCCGAUUACAGCCGGCUGCAGAGGGAGCUGGACCGCGGGAAGGCCGCCCACGAAGCCAGCGUGAAGGAGGAGGCCGAGAGGUACAUGGACGCGCUGGAGGGCAAGCUGCGCAGCUGCCCGUGUCCGCUGCUGGGAAGAGUGUGGGAAGCCGACCUGGAGGCUUGCCGGUUGCUGAUCCAGAGCCUGCAGCCCCCGGAGCCGCGGGGCAGCCCGUCCGCAGAGGAUGAGCCGCCGCUCGGAGACGUGGCGGGCAGCGGCCCCGGGCCCCACGCCGCCGAGGAUGGGAGCAGGACCCCCCUGCAGGCGUCCGAGGAGUGGAAGGCGCCCCCGGCUCCCUCUCCCCACCGCGCUGCCAGCGAACAGAGAGAGGAUCCGCACGCCCUUUCCGCAGAGCUGGGCGAGAAAUGCGAAGCCAUCGGCAAGAAGUUGCUGUGCCUGGAGGAUCAGCUGCACACGGCCAUGCACAGCCUCGAUGAAGUCCUCAUUCAGUCCCUGCGGAGCGAGCUCCUCCUGGUGAAGGAGACCCUGCAGGCCAUGAUCCUGCAGCUCCAGCCCCCCAGGGAGGCGGGGGAGAGCGAGGUGGCCUCCUGGGCCACAGCUGGUGUGCGGGAAGCGCAGGCCUGAGGCGUGCGGGACGCGACAAGGGAAGGAGACGCGCAAUCGACGGAGCUGAUGGACCCCAGGUCCGGGAUGAGCAGCUUUUCGCCGUCCGUCUGUGCUUCACGUGCAUCUCCGAGCUCAGAUGAAAACCCCUGAAGAUUUCCAGGGAGCAGCCUAUCAGUGGGCAGCAUUUCCGCUUUCUUCUUUUUUAAAAAUAUAUAUUUAUUGAUUUCAGAGAAGAAGUGAG